CACGUCCAAAAGUGGAUUAUCAGCACUGUUGCGGCAUUGCAGGGCUCUGUACCGGAGGCUGGCAGAUUUUAGGUCUCGUGGUUGUAAAUGGCACGAGAGCGCAGCAGGUACACGCGCUCCUCGAGCGUUUCUCUUCACACGUUCUCGAUUCUUUAUUUAUUUUAUUUUUGUCCAACGUGUUAAAAGGUUAUCUUCGAACGUUUCCAAAAGGCACGGAAAGUCGACCGUAUCGAUUUUAAGCGGUCUGUGGCCGUUCGUAAUGAGUUUGUCUGCAAAUCUUGACAGCUUGGCAGUCGCUGGUCGAAAAAAAACCGAUGUAAGCGACUGAGGAGAAGACGAGACGCCUCAUGCUCGUUUUCUUUUAUGGAGCGCAAAAGGAGACGUGAAGCAGAAUGACAGGUUCAGUCACCAUUCACUUUCAUUGUAUGGGAAGAGGUGCGCCGAAAGUAAAUGGUGACUUGAGGCUGAGCUAACAGUCAGGACAGGGCAGGUAUCUUAUUAGCUCUCCGGAGGUGAAGGAUGGGGCGCAAACUGGAUCUCUCUGGUCUGACGGAUGUGGAGGCUGAGCAUGUGAUGCAGGUGGUGCAACGGGACAUGGAGCUGCGCAAAACGGAGGAGACGCGGCUCAAUGAGAUGAAGAAGGCACUGGUUGAGGAGGGCAGUCGGUCUGUUUUGCUGUCUCGGCAGCACAGGUUUAAUGAGCGCUGCUGCAUCCGCUGCUGCUCUCCCUUCACCUUUCUGCUUAACCCUAAACGUUCCUGCUUGGACUGUAGCUACAACGUUUGCAAGGGCUGCUGUACCUACAGUAAGAAGGACAAAGGCUGGCUGUGCUCCUCCUGCCAGAAGACCAGACUACUGAAGACCCAAUCACUGGAGUGGUUCUACAAUAAUGUGAGAAGGCGUUUUAAAAGGUUUGGCAGUGCCAAAGUGUUAAAGAACCUCUACAGGAGGCAUGCGGCCGAGCGUGGAGCUCUAGAUGAGCUUACAGCAACAGAGGGCAGCACUUAUGAAGAGAGCGUGUGCAAUGAGAGUAGCAUGUAUGAGAGCGACUCAACGUUCUACAGGCAAAGUGAAGAGCACAGCAUGGCUGAGACUAUUAAUGUGGCACUGCGGGUGGCAGAAGAGGCCAUAGAUGAGGCUAUUGCUAAGGCUGAGAGCCAGGCUGACAGUCAAGAGAAGCAGAACGAAGCUAAUUAUUUGCGAGAGAACAGAGGAGAGCUGAUAGAGGAACUGGCCACAACUAUAGUGCAGAAAAUUGUACGCCGGAAAAAGGACCUGUCUGAGAUGAAGUCUGAAAGUAAACUCGACCAGAACAAUGAUGGAAUCUCUCCUGAUCAAACCCAGAGUGACUUUGAUGCUUCUCGUUGGAGGUCUCACUCAGCUUUCUGUAUCUUGACUGAUGAGAAAAUAGACCAGCAUGCUAACACUGGGUCAAGACCUUCAUCUUCUAUAAGUCAUACUCUGGAAAUGAAGAAAGAAGAACCAGUGCCUGUCAAGGCCAUGCCUAGCUGGAGGAGUGUCGACCGACUGGACAAUUCCAUGUUACAGAGUCCUGAUGGUAAUUGGAUUGCUUAUCAGAGCAACCUGCUCUCUCGACCUGGCCUUUUAACUAAGCGCAAAAGUCUGGUAUAUAGCGUCCUGGAAAGGGAGUCUGGCGUGGUGUCAGCUUACGAUGAGAUGGGCUCCGAGACAGAGCCUGAAGCUAAUGGGGUCUGGGGCGCUGCACUGGAAGAGCUUCGGCGUAAAAUGUCUGCCAAUAAGCAGUUGAGUUACCCUGAGUCCUACAGCCGUCAAGCAACAUUGCCUUUGAACGCACAAGCACAACAUCUCAUUGAACACACCUUGACUGCUGACACCGAGGACUCCACAGGACAAGACGGGCCACUACACCAGUGCCAGAAAACUCUGCUGCCCUUCUUGAAGAGGAAAGUGCCUCUAGAACACAGGCGACCCUCAUCUGCCCGCCGGCCAAACAUCAUGGAUAUAAAUUUCAAUCCAGGAGGGGCUGAAAGCAGCGAGGAUGGCCUAGAGGAAAGCAGGGUCAAGAGGUCACGGCGAAGGAGGAAGAAUAAGAGAGAGGAGACAGAGUGGAAAGGACAGUCAGUAUUGUCUUCGGAUGUCCCGGAUUCCAGUAGUUACCUUUCAGAUGCUCUGGUUAAGAGACGCUAUGUGAAGCAAGACUCAGAUGUGCAUGGAAAAAGAUCAAGUGAUCACAGUCUAGAAGCAGACACUUCAGACACUGCUACUCCUGACAUCUUGAGCUCUGGAGCCGUGACCCCUGAUCCGUUCGGACUUGGUCUCAAUGCUCCCAACAAUUCCAAUCAUGGGGCCUUUGGUGUAGCUGGGUCUUUAGAUCAGGAGUUGACUACCAAACUGAAGGAACUGACCAGUCAAGUCAGAGAAACACAACUUUCUUCCACUGAGGAUGAACUGGACAGGUUGGAGUAUCAAACAGGGAAUGAAGAAGGUGAAACAAAAGAAAAAGGGGGAGAUGGUACCUUGACAAUUGAGGCUGAUUCGAAAGAAAUAUCAGAUAGAAUUGAAUCCACAAAGCAAGUGAGAUCAACAGCGAUGUUGAAAGAAGAUGAUCUGACUUCCAGACUGCGAGAGCUGACCCGUCAGGUGAGUGACACACUACUUUCCUCCACUGAAGAUGAACUGGACAGGUGUGAGAAUCAAACUGAGACCGAUAGUAUAAAUCAGUCAGUAAGAACUGAGUUACUGAGGGUAGAUGACAGGAGAGAUAGAAAUAAAAUGAUAGAAUAUGACUAUAAAACAAAAAACUAUGUAGCGAUGGUUGAAAAAGCAGAAGAAGAGAGAUCAGAGAAAAGACAAAAGGACAUUGUGGCAAAGCAGGGUGUUACUAAGCAAAAUGACACAAGUGAGAUACAAAUGUCAGAAGAAAUGAGCUCUGUGAGCCAAAAACAGAUACUUAAUGAGACAGAUGCAGAAAAUGAGAUAGGUAGAAAUAGAAUUGGAGAGACAAAGAGCAAAAGAGAAGUUCAGACUGUAGAGAAAAAUGCAGAAAUAAAAGAUUGCAGAAUUGCAGCUGAAGGUCAUCAGAGUAGUGCUGAAAACAUAGAGACUGAUGAUCACUUUGAGGAGCAGGAGGUUUUAUCUUGUGAACUGGCUUUGAGUAGACUGAUAAGUGAAGAUGGAAAGAUGGAAUUUGAUAGGAUUAUUAAUACUGUAGUGAAGGCUUUAGAUGAUAUGGAAGAACACAUAGAAGCUUAUGCUAGUGAGGGGGUAUUUUUAGACAGAGAGAGAAGUGAGGGAGAGAAACACGAGAUGAUGGAAGAUGAGGAGAAUGUAACUGAACAGGAAAUGGAUGACCACACAAUAUCUGAAGGAUGCUUUAUUGGUGGAAAAUCGAAGGAGAUGCAGGAAAAAGAAAUGAAGGAAGAGGGCAAGAUCAAUGAAGUUGUGGCACUAAAGAGCAACACUGAAGAUACUGAGGAAAUGGAAGAUAAACAAUGCAGCAAAUCAUUAGAAGACAGUCAAGGUGACUUGAUUGAGAACAGGGAGGAACAGACGGACUGCACAUUCCACAGUGCCACAUCUGUUCAGGAGUAUCUGUCACCGGAGGAGAUCUACAAGGAUGCACACAUGCUGGACAUAGAGAAAAACCUACAUUUAAUCUCCAAUAUACUACAGCAGAAGUACUCAGCAGCAUCAUUGCGGAGCAUCACCACAGAGGUGCUAAAAGUACUGAACGCUACAGAGCAUCUGAUUCACGGAUCUAUGGGAGAUGGACUGUGCCAAUCAGACCACAGCGACGCCUCUGUCAUUCCCCCUGACGAGGCCAGAAGACUGGAUGAGCAGCUUGGCAGACUGGAGGAGAAUGUGUACGUGGCAGCAGGGACAGUGUACGGGCUCGAGGCUGAACUGGGGGAUCUGGAGGAGUGUGCGCGCUGCAUCAGUGGAUCCACCACUGAAAGAGAGCUCGCUCAUCUGGAGGACCAGGUGGCCUCUGCAGCAGCCCAGGUGCAGCAGUCUGAGCUCCAGGUUUUAGACAUUUCCUCAAGAAUUGCUGCUCUGAAAAAUGCAGGUCUUAAUGUAGCUCCACAGACCCACUUUAUCAAGGUCAAGACUCCAAAAAACAAGACACAAACCAUUGGCUCAUCUCGGAAACUGAGGAGACGACUGCCAGCACCUCCAAAACAAGAUAAAGAAGCAUAACGAAGAUAGUGGGAUACAUCAGCAAACAUCAUCACAAAGUUAAACGACUACAGUCUAAAAUAAAGCCACUGAUCACAUGUGCCUUGAAGCUCAUGGCUCAUAGAUACAAUUUUAUGGACUCAAGCUCCCGCAGACAGAUUCAAAUGAGCUGAUGUAUCUGUAAACUGAACUCAGAAAUUACACAAACAAAUAACUCUUGGGUUAGAUUGCUUUAUUACCACCAGGUCCAAUAAUAAAUAAUAAAGUAAAUUAAUGUAAAAUUAUACUAUGAUGUGGAGCUUUGUGUGUAUUGGACCAUUACUAUGAAUGAAGCUCAUCAUUCAGUUAAGCCUUUAAUUUAAAAAAAUAUUGUAAAAGGAAAUAAUAGGAUAGUUCACCCAAACAUUAUAAAUAUAAUAAUAUCAUUUACUCGCCCAAUGUUGAAUACAAAACUGCUCUGAUUACCAUUGACUUCUAUAUAACAUUUAAAGCACUUCUCAAAAAGUUUAUUUUAUAUUCAACAGAUAAAGUUGAUGGUCAGCUUUCUUUUAUAUAGAUUAUAGAUAUAUAGAUUAAUUUGAAUUCCUGCCCCAAAUAUUUCCCUGGAUUAAUCUUUCUGAUUGACGGAUUUAGAGUAGAUUAUUCUAGCCAUGUGUCAGCUAUAUGAAUCAUGCAGAUCUUUAUUUGUGAUGAUAAUAUACAUUUACGAUGUUAGAUUUGAUAAUAGUUUACAAACUACUGUAAAGACAUUGAUUCACUGUAAAGUGUAAAUGAUCUGUGUAAAUUAAUGAAUUUUUUUUUGUUUGAUUAUA